CUCACACAACUAGCAAGCAAGAAAUUGCCGCAAACAAAUGGAUUCCAAAGCUCUUCUCAUUUGGUGUUCUUCUCUUCUUCUUGUUCUGCAACCACAUUUCACUUCUGGACAGACUUCAGUUGUUAAAGGCGUUUACUGGUUUUAUGACAGUGGAUUUGCAGCUUCUUCCAUAAAUUCCCCCCUUUUCACUCACCUCCUCUGUGCCUUCGCAGAUCUUGAUCCCAACACUUCCCAAGUCACAAUCUCAUCCUCAAAUCAAGCUCCGUUCCGCGCCUUCACAGAAACUGUCCAGCAGAAAAAUCCAUCAAUCAAAACCCUCCUGUCAAUCGGCGGAGGAGGAUCCAGUAGCUCAGAUUUUGCUUCAAUGGCUAGCCAAUCUAGUUCAAGAAAAUCAUUCAUUGAUUCCUCUAUAAACUUAGCCAGGUCUUACAACUUCCAUGGCCUCGAUCUUGACUGGGAAUUCCCUCCCAAUUCUACUGUAAUGGCGAACUUCGGUACCCUUCUCAACGAGUGGCGAGCAGCUGUUGAUUCUGAGUAUUCCAGUAACACUUCCAGUCCGAAGCUGCUUCUGACCGCAGCCGUCUAUUACUCUUCAAUUCAUGAUGGGGUGAGUUAUCCAGUUCAGGAUAUUGCAAACAGUCUGGAUUGGAUCAAUGUAAUGGCUUAUGAUUUUUACGGGCCUGGCUGGUCUGAAGUUACAGGACCUCCUGCUGCCUUGUACAAUCCCGGAAACCAAGUUAGUGGAGAUGCCGGGAUCACAGCUUGGCUCCAGGCUGGUUUGUCCGCAAAGAAAAUAGUGCUUGGCUUGCCAUUUUACGGUCGCGCUUGGCGGCUAGCGGAUGCUGAUAACCAUGGCCUUUUUGCUGCAACUACUGGAGCCGCUGAGCUAAAUGAUGGGGCGCCAGGUUACCGUCAGAUCAGGGAGUUUAUCAGUGAAAACAGUGCCACAACCACAACAGUUUAUAAUGAAACUGUUGUUACAGAUUAUUUGUACAGUGGAACAACAUGGAUUGGGUAUGAUGAUACUCAGAGUAUUUCUUCCAAGGUUUCAUAUGUUAAAACAAAGGGAUUGCUUGGUUACUUUGCUUGGCAAGUUGGCGCUGACUUCAAUGACAUCCUUUCUACUCAAGCAUUCGAGGCAUGGGGGGCAUAGAG